GGGAUGUGCAGGAGAGGAUGUAUGGGAGAGGACACAGAAGAGUCCAUACAAGACCAUGCUAUCACAGACACUUGUAGAUCUCUCGAAUUCAGCGGCUCAUUCAUGACCAUUGUGGGCGCAUCGAGUCUUCACAAGCUGGCAUGAUGAAGAAGGUGCAUUUCGACUUCACUGGCAAGGUCAGAUCUACGCAGAAACAAUUGAUGGAUGCACCUUGCUGUUGCCUCUGACUGUGUGCAGCGUGCGCUCGUCACAGGGGCUGGCAAAGGCAUUGGCCGGGCGGUGGCAAAGGCCCUCAUCGACAGCGGCGCUGAGGUGAUUGCAGUGACAAGGACGCAGGCCGAUCUUGACUCCCUGAAGGCAGAGGUGGCCGCUGAGGGGAAACCCAGCAAUUGCCUUGUGUGCGUCGCUGUGGAUGUGGGUGACGCCGGUGCUCUGCGGCCUGCACUGGAGGGCUGCGGCGACAUCGACCUGGUGGUCAACAACGCGGGCAUCAACGUGCUGCAGACCUUCCUCGAGACCACGGCAGACGCCUUCGACCUGACCAUGAGCGUCAACCUUCGGGCGUGCCUCGUCGCCUCACAAGUGGCCGCCGAGUCGAUGAUCCGCCGGGGCGUCAAGGGGACCAUCGUCAACGUCUCCAGCCAGGCCUCGUUGCUGGCGCUGCCCAAGCACACGGCCUACUGUGCGAGCAAGGCUGCCCUGGACAUGCUCACCAAGUCUGCAGCACUGGAGCUCGGCCCUCACGGCAUCCGGUGUAACGCCGUCAACCCGACGGUCGUCAUGACCGACCUGGGCAAGGCGGCCUGGGCGGAGGCCAAGAAGUCGGCGCCCAUGCUGGACGGCAUUCCCCUCGAGAGGUUUGCCGGUGUGGACGAGGUGGUGCAGCCGAUACUCUUCCUGCUAUCCGAGGGAGCCUCGAUGAUCAACGGGACGGUGCUGCCCGUCGAUGGCGGAUUCACGUGCGCCGCCACGCUUCGGAAGGAUGCAGUGCUGGCCGCAGAGAAGGCAUGAGGACAAGUAAUGUAGGACUUGGUCCUUGUUUUGCCUUGCCCUUGUCUGCCUGCGGAUUGUAUUGUAGUUGGUUGGUUUCAGUAGGG